AUGGUGUUUGCAUUCGCGCGGAACAUGUUUUACAUAAAGUCGUGCUUUUUUGUUUGUGUUUUAUUGUUUGUCGUAGUGCUACCGGUACAGUCAACCAAGUAAGAGUUUAUUUGAAUUUUUUUUUUUCCCGUACCUAGUUGAUCUAUUCUGUUAAUGGUUCAGUUUUUUUUUUAUUUUGGAAAAAAACUGACGCUAAUUGAAAAAAUGUCGAACGUACCCACCUCUACCUAGGUAGGUAUAUCUAACCAAAUCCACACACGGUGCUAUUAACCUAACGUGCUUACCCAAUUUUAAAACGUCAAAGGCGAAUAUUGUCAUCAAUCGAAAAUUGUGAGUAGGAAAUAAACUCCACUACUUCACUAUACUUAUACCCACCUACAUAAUAUAUUGUAUAUGUGUCGGUAUAUAAUAUAACUUGUAAUGAUUCGUAGUCGAAAACUGCUGAUCCAAAAAGUAUUAAUGUCAUUUUUCGUGUUUUUAUAGGUUAUAAUAGGUACCUACAGCUAUUAAACAGAUAUAUCUGAUUAUUGUAUUUGUGCAUUUUAAGUUGUAGGUACGCAAUAGGUACCUAUGUGACUAGGUCAUAUGAUUUGUAUAACACAUGCGACUCGGAUUCGUAAAAAAUGAAUUGAUAGAUAUACAUAAUUGGAUAUUAAUGGAUUGGUAAAAAGUACUCGUCAUUUUUAAUGUGGUUGAUAUGUUUUAACUUUUAUUUUUUAUUAGCUGUACUUAGUCAUAUUUAGGUGCCCAUCGACACAUUCGUUCAAUUUAAUAUUAUCAAAUGAAACUGAACAUAAUUAUUACAAUUUUUAAUUUUAUUUAGUAUUUUGAAAUAAUUUGUUUUUGAUGAAUGUCAAUGGGCAGUGAUGUAUUUUUGGAAGCAUAAGGGACUAUAGCCUCCUACCCCAUAUUACGGGUCGUACCUAUGUAUGUAUUUUAUCAAAUACUUACUUAUUGCAGUUAUUUAUUCAAUACAAGUAUACAUUAUAGUAUUUUCAUUUAUUAAGUAUAUAAUAGAAUAUAGGUACUACCUAUUUAUCUAUAUUCGUUGACCAUUGGUAUAGGUAACCAUUGAUUUUAAUAUAUUCUAUUUUAGUAUUACUGAUAAAGGAUGAGGAAGUGAUGAGGAAAAAACAUAAACUAAGUUCGUAUAGGGUAUAUACUCGAGUAUGUAUGAAUGUGAACAUUUUUGGUUCGUUCUAGUUCGUAGACGAGUUAACUUUCAUAGAUUAUAGUAAUAUUAGUAAUAACAAUAUGAGUAACUUAUUACUAAUAUUUAAUUAAAAAAUUGGAGAACAAAAUUUGAAUUUCAUACAUUGGAUUAUUAUUUACUUACUAGGCAUAUAAAAACUAAAAUAGCAAGUGCUGUUCAAUGUAUUGUAAAAAAUAGAAUAGAAAAAUCUACAAAUAGAUAAAAGAUAAUAACAUGAAUCAGGAUUUAACAUUUAUAAGUUUUUAAUUUAUUAUAACUAUCUUGGUAUAGUAUUAAGUAGUUAGUAUUCUCCUACUUGGAAAGCCCAAAUGGGUGAUUUUAGUAGGCAUAUGGCAUUGUGUCUGUAGCCUGGAGAAAUUCACCGUAUAGUUGACAAUAUUAAUUUAUAAUAAUAUUAUUUGUGGGAACGGAUCGGCAUACUUUCAAGGUGUUGUUGGAUAAAGUGGAGAAAAGCAUCUGAUGUUUUAUGCGACAAGAGAAUUCCAAUGAGAUUUGAGAACUGUGACUUAGAAUGAUAUGAGUUAUUAUACUCAAUUAUAUUGAUUACCGAGUACCUACAGAGUUAUUCAAAUAAAUAACAAUAUUAUAUGUAUAUGUACAUACAUUAUCUAUACAUAAUUUGCUUUUAUUUUAAUUUAAUGCAAUUGGACUAGUUCAUAUUUAAUGUCUUGAACUUGAAUUAAUUCAUUUUUAAAAAAAACUCUCAUCAGUGCAGUAAAAAUAUAAUAAAUAAUGAUGGGUUUUUGUAGUAUUCAAUUUCGUUAUUGAUAUAAUCCAUUAAAAAUAAUUGUAUAUACCUAGAAUUUCCACAGAAUUUUUAUAUUAGCAAAACAAUCUGAUUUAUGUUGAGGUAUUUAUUGAUAUUUGAUAACAUCUAGUUUUUAUCUUUUUGGUACAAUCUUGAUACCUAUGUAGACUAUAAUAAAAGUUAUGAGUUUUAUUCAUUAUAGAAGUCUCUUAAAAAAAUUAUUAUUAUUCUGAAUAAUAUGUUUAUCAUGUAUUGGCUGAAUAAUAUUUUUGAUUAUUCAAAUGUUAAUAUUUAAAUGAUAUACUAGUUAAACAUGGUUCAUUAUAUUAUAAACAUAAUGUUUUUGAUUUGUAUUACAACAAACAUAAUAUAUUAUGUAUACAUUUACCUAAUCUUUUUAGGUAGGUACCUGUUAUAAUGAUAUUAGGUAGGUAUAUCAAUUUACAGUUAUCAAACGAAUUCACUAGUUAUUGCAGGUUUAAUAUUUUCAGAAUCUCUUUUUUUUUUUUCUUUUAAUUUUUCACUUAAAUCCAAAAUUAUGGACUAUCUGUUUGUACCUAUUGAGUACCUACCUAAUUAUUUAAUAAUAAUAUUUUGUUAUAGAAUUAUACUUUUUAAAAAGUAGUGUUUAAACUUUAAAAAAAAGCUUACCUAUGUGUAUAAAAAAAAUUAAAUUAAAUAUAAAAUAAAACAAAUCAAAAUGGUUAUAUUUUUUGUAAAUUAUUUACAAAAUAUAUAUGUAUACUCCAUACAUAUUGGUCCAAAUAGGUUAUAUACUUAGGUAUAUCUCUCUACAUAUAUGGUAUAUAUAUUUAUUUAGUCAUUUUUGUCCCUCAAAAAAAUGGGUUAUUCAUGUGUAUGAUAGUAAAUAUAAAAUAAUGUAAUAAGGAUAUUUGUAUUGAGAUGAAAAUGUAAUUGUGACGGAUAAAUUAGCUAGCAGAGCGUGCGUUCCAUUUCCAUUUUUAUUAUGGUCCGGUCAAAACUUUUGCUCACUCUUCUCAAAAACCGUAAUGACGCCAUUGUACUAUAGUAGCCCACCCUAGCCUACCUAUUAUUCUCUGGGCUUGAUUCUUCAUUGAGCUCGUCAUAAAUGCAUGCUUUAUAAUGUGUAUUUUCAAAAUCGCCCCACCUCCUCCCGUUAUCGUGUCCUGGAUUCGCCCCUGCAAAAAGGGCAUCUGUCCGACUGAAAUGAUUGAAAACCGUUGGCCCAUACUCUAUAAUAUAGUAUAAUACAGGUAGGAUACGCUGAAAGAAAUAUUUAGUUUUGAAGACAUUUUUUUAUAUUUAGAUAAUACAAUUUCAGUGGGUGGUCAAAACAAACAUAAAAAUACAAUCGUAUAUUGUUUUCAAAUUUCCACGGAAAGAAUCGCUACAAUGAGCCAAUGAAUACGUUUUAGUUUUAGAGUAUAAUAUUAGCAUUCUGAUUUUUGGUUAGGUACAGUUUUCUUUUGUGCUGCAGAGAUAAAACUGCGGUAGAACAACGUGUUCUCGUUAACGCCGCCUUCCGUAUAACAAAAAAGUAAUGAAUGUUAAGAACAAUAUACGUUUAUCUGUUAGGUACUUAUUUCAUUUUGCAUAGGUAAAUCCACGUUUGAAAUAAAUACACUUAUUAUAAUAAUAAUAUGUAUACUUUUCACUUUGUACUCAACUGUCUCAACAUUUAUUGUUAGGUAUGUUCCACUGUACCACAGCGAACGUCACUAAUAUUAGGUAGGUAUAUUUGUACCUAAUGCCCUAAUACCUACUUACUAUUUUAGUCAAAAUUCGAAAUCCUUAAUUAAAAUACUGUACAAAUUCUUUUUUACUAACAAAAACAUGAUAUUGUACAAUAAAUGAAAAUAAUUAGGUACCAAUCUGUUUUAAGAAUAAUCAUGACUAUAAUGAUGUAAAAUAGUUUUUAUAUUUGUAAUAAUUUUAGUAUUAUUUGAGGACCAAAAGGUCUAGAAGUGUCUAAAAAUAGAAGAGAAAUUAUAUACCUUCCUUUAUUUUAUAUUAUAUAAAAGUGAAAAUGAGAAUCUUUAUAAUAGAUCGGCUCUAGAGCUACUUAUCCAAAUCGUCAUAUAUUUUUUUUUUUUUAAAUGAUAGAAUACAUAGUGGAACAGAUUUUAAGCCUAAUUUCGAUUCUGUAAGUUAAAAACAAUCUAGUUGGUAAUUAAUGUGUAUGCUGUAUUUUCCUGAUAAAAAAAGUAGCAAUAUUGUAACUUCAAUAACAGUAAAUAAUACAUUUUUAAUUAUAAUAAAUAUAAAGAACUAGAGUCAUUGUCGAUAUAGUGAAGGUUGACCGGGUCAAAAACCGUUUAUGGGGUUUGUUGGAUAUUUAGUAAAAAUCCCUUAUCAAUAACAUGAUUAUUGUCAAAUCAAUAAUCUGUUGUUUGACAGCUAGACGUCAUAAGUUCGAUAUAAAAUGUAUCCAAAGUCUUAUUAGUGGUAAGAUUAUGUUCCCAGGCUUCUUGAACGAUUUACUUAUCGAGUACACGAAGCUAAGCCAAUGUCAAUUUACAGGACUUAUUUAAUCUUCAUAACAUAAUGAAAUCGAAUUUUUGGCAAGAUAACCCUAAUAUUCGAAUCGUGAAAGCUACUAGCACGUCAACGACCUUAUGUUUUAAAUGUUUCAUAGUUUGAUGAUAAACCACAAUGCAUCAUUUCUACACAGGCAUGGCUUUGAUAGUAGAGAAAAAUUGACGGAGAUGGUUUGGGCAUAUUACGUGGAGAGAAGAAUUUAAAACAGUAAGCAUUAUAAUGAAAGUAAACGUAAGAGGAAGACUGAAAAACUAGUGCUUGAAUGUGAUUGAUAAUGAUAUGAGGACAGCCGGUGUAUGCGAGGUAGGAGAACGGAUCAAGUGAAAAUUUAGAAAGAGGGUGGCAAAGGAGAAGAUUACAACUACACUGUACUAUCUGUACUUAAUUAAUUACAUUAUGAAAAGCUUAUAGCAAAUAUACAAAAUACAAGGGUGCGGAGUGUUCUAGAAAAGAAUGGCCAACUCUACCGAGUAAAAUAAACUAUACCUACCAACCAAAGAAUUUCUUGCAAAAUUAUGUUACAAAAUAAGGGGUCAUUCGAUUUUUUCUAAAAAUAAUCUAAACAAAAAAAUAAAAAAUAAUUUGUUAUGGAUAUAUUACAAAUAAAACCUGUAAAAUCAUAGUUUGGACAUUAAAAAAGAAAUUCCAAACAAUUUAUUCUUAUAAACUAUAACCACAUAUAGAGUAACAACCCAUAAAGUUGGUCACUUUUUUCGGGAAUACCUUGUAUAUAACAGACACACACGAUACAGUGCAAUAUAUAAGUGGUCUCCAUAUUAUGGGAAAAUUCGAUAAAAACGCAUAAAUAUAUCUAUAUGUGUGGACAUUAAUUUUUUUAUUGGUAUUUGUACGUAGGCGAAACAAAACUUGCGAGACCGUGUACGAAGACGAUGAAACGUCGCCGGAGAAAAUUCUUCGUUGGUUAUCCGAUCCUUGUCGAUAUGAUAAAACUAUGGCACCCGGGGAUCUCGCGGUAAACAGUCCAAUCAUCGUGUACACCAGAAUCCAUGUGUACCAUUUGACUUCCGUUUAUCCACGAAAUCUGGCAAGUAUUAGUGUUAUAUCAAGUGAUAAAAAGUGGAUUUUAAUUUUUUUAUUGUUAAUGUUUUUUUUUUUUUUGCGUAACUUCGUUUAAUUGUAGCUAAUAUUAAUAAUAAUAGUAAUGAUGGUGUGAAGGUUUUUUUCUAUGAAGCAGUUUUAGUAAAAUUGAAAAAUCGCAUACAACCAAAGCCGAGAAGAACCAGGAACUGUAGUUAAGAUAGACUAUACGUUUUUGUACCGAUACCGUUUAGUACACUUCACCUUUCACAUUCACAUAUCUAAUGAUAAUGUGCCACACAUACACCCACCCAAUUACUUAAUUUGUUCAUGAAUAGGGAACGGAUUUAUAUGCUCUUAAAACCAACAAAAGAGCCCUAAAAAAUCACCUUAACAUUAUUUAAAAAGCAAUAACGGUGGAGGGGUUUAAAAGUUCUUCCCUCUAACAGUUCUAACUAGAAAACUAUAGAUACUGAUAGUGCCUUAAUUCUAACUAAUAAAAAAUUAAUGAAAAAUAAAAAUGCUUUGUGUUACCUAAUCAUUUGUCAGUUUUAAAAUAUUUUAUUUAAUACGGUUAAAAUCGUUAAAGAGGGAUUUUAAACCCCUCUUCAUAUUUUCUUUUUUUAAAUAGUUAUAUACUUUUUUGACAAUUUAAGUGCUUUUUUUGUGAAUUCAUAAAUCUGUUCCCUAGUCAUGAAGCAGCCGCUUCAUAGGACAGCCAUUCACACCAUCAUUGAAAUGGUAGUAUUCUGAUAUUUUACUAUAUAAUAUACGUAUAAAGAGAAAACGUUUGUUUCUAUGUUUUUAUUUUUACACAGACGGAUGAGGUCAAAUCAACACAGGUUAGAUGAACAAGAUAGCAUUAAAAUAUACAAAUAAUAACAACUGUUUUUACAAAAAUAGAAAAGGGUCGAGAGUUUGCUGAAAGAGGGCAACGGAACACGGGGGCAUUAGGAAGGAAAUCGGAAAGAAUAAAAUGAGGGAUGUUGGCAUAAAUAUUGAUAGCUAUACCAAAUUACCUACUGAACUAAUUUUGAUGUGGGUUUCACCAUUAUUUAAAGAUUCUCGGGGAGAAAAUAAUAACCAUUUAUUGUCUGUUCCUUUUUAUCCUAGAAUUCAACCUCUAAAUCACAUCCAUGGUCAUUUACUUUGUCACGGGCAAGGCUGUAGUGAAACUCUCCAUUCAGCUAUAUAAAGACAAAUCAAAUUUAAUUGAGUAUAAUAUUUAUCAUUUUUAUUAUUUAAAUUGUCUUAAACAAUACCGUGCAGGAUCGCAGUAUAUUCUUAUACCUUCUUAUAUUUUUAAGAAUAUUCUAGACUUUUUAAAAUUAAUUUUUCUUCUUCGUGGUAUCACAAUUAUUCAAGACUUGUAUGCCUUCCAAUCUUAGCGAUUAUGUACACUCUCUUUGUUUAUUUAUCAAUUUAAUGAUCAAUUUUAAUAAUCAAUCACAUGGAUGUAAAUCUGUUGUCAAUUCACUACAUCUUAUUUGUUCAGGUCUUGUUUUACCCCAUCCAACCACCGUUUAAUUGGACGUUUUCUAGAUAUCUCUUAAAACAGAAUUACGUGAUACAGAACAUAUAUGUACAUUACAAUAAACACGUAUUACUAAUGUUAACUUAAUAACAUUUUAUAUAUCGGAUUUCAGGACUUCAAAGUUCGCAUACUGUUACAAUUCCGAUGGACGGACGAUCGGUUAGCGUUGGACAAUAUCGGUCCGCCGAACACGCCCGAAGUGGUGUGCCAAAACGGAUUAUUGGAGCGGAUAUGGAUACCGAACGUGUAUAUUACCAACGAGAAACACUCGCUGACGGUAGCUGACUUGACCGAAGACACUGUGGUCAACGUGUUGCCGGACGGAAACGUGAUAUUGUCGGCCAGGUGCGGCGUUGUUGGGUUUUUCUUCACACAUUUAUGUUUCGUUAACAGUGUAUGUGGUAUCUGUGUAUACCGGUUGUAGGUUGAAAACGUCCGUUUUCUGCUGGGUGAAGUUGGGCAGAUUCCCGUUUGACCGCCAACAAUGUCACUUCAUUAUGGAAAGCUGUAAGUAUGACCCACUGUUACAGUUUACUAACUUUAGUUGGCUUGAUUUUAUGAUAUAAAAUAUUUAGUAUAGCCUAUACUGUAUAGGACUGCAAAUAAAGCGUGUGCUUACUGAACGUUUACACAGUCAGCGGCGCUACUAGAUAUUUUGAAGUAGUGACAACACGUCUACUUAUACAUUAAAAAAAAAAAUAUAAAAUUGUGUGAAUAAUAAUUUUAUUAAAGUAACAGUUAAAAAUAAUAAUUUAAGUAAUUAAAUUACCUGUUUAAAAAUUACAGAAAUAUAUUGUGAAAAUCAUCUUUUUCUUUUUACAUUUUUGAUUAGCGAAAGUGGCGUUAUUUAAUACAAAUGCCCAUAUGAACUAAAUAUGUCCUAAGUUGUAUAAUAUGUUACAGGGAGGUACGACACCACCCAGCUGGUGCUCGAAUGGGAAGUCAAAACGCCGGUCACAGCGGCUUUGAGUGACAACUCUUGGGUGCCCUAUUUGACGGAAUAUAAGUUGUUGAAAAUUAUACCACACAGUUCCGAACACUACAUCGAACCAAUUUCCCUGGACCCGACUUCUAGUCAGUAUCUUAACAAAUAAUUGUGUAUUAUGAAAUUAUAGUGACUUCAAAACUUUUUUUUGUUGCUUUUUAAACUUGGUGAUAACUUAAAAUGUUUUCAGUUGGUAUCUAUAUUUUAAUUCAUAAUACAAUUAUAAAUUGUAUUAGUAAAUAUAGUGAUUUCUCAAGUAACCCGUAUAAAAUUCCUACGUAUAACAAUAUUAAUUCUUUUUCAUUUUUAAGGUUUUGGAUCUUAAAUCUUACCUAACCUAUACAUUUUGUCUCGUUACAGCUUACCGUUAUACAUCGUUAACGUUAACAUUUCUACUGGCCAGGGAAUACGGGUUCUACCUCAUGGACUAUUAUGUCCCGGGGAUAUUGUUGGUUACGAUUUCGUGGGUGUCGUUUUGGAUGGCACCGGACGCAACGCCUGCGCGUGUAGCAAUCGGUAAAUUAAAAAAAAAAUCAAAUACCAGCGCAUUAAUGCUAACCAAAUAAAAGAAGCGCAGUGUUUUGAUUAUGUUCUAAAAUUUAGAAAAAUUCUCAGGUGCGAGCACGAUGCUCACAUACUUCCAGUUGGGUAUCGAGACUGGUUCUAAGCUGCCCAACGUAUCCUACAUCAGAUCUAAUGACCUGUGGUUUAUUGUAUGCACUGCGUUCAUAUUUCUAUCGUUGGCAGAAUUCGCUUUUGUCAACACUAUAUGGCGAUACGGGUGAGUUGACUACAGAUUACUAUAACUCAUAAGUAAUAUAGGUAUCUAAUAAUAUACAUAAAAACAAAAGUUAUUGAAUUUGUCAGAUGUCUGACAUGUGUUGAUUAAAGUCUGGCUUUUUAAAACACUAUAUGUUAUGAAAGUUCAGAAAAUUUUUUUUAGAUUCUGAGCGGAGCGAAUGAUAUGUGCUUAUUUUUUUUCUAUUUGCAAACAACUUUCUAACAGAAAUCAUGAUCCGAUCAAAAAACUACAAGAAGUUUACUUUUAGCAUUUUGAAUCCAAUUGGAGCAUUGAGAUGUUUUUUUUUUUUGAUUUUCCAAGUAGUUUCAUAAUUUUUGGGAAAAACUGAAAAACAAAUAGGAAUAUUUUAAAAAUAUAUGAAAAUUUUCAUUAUUUUCAAUUUUUUCAAUUUUAUUUUUCUACCAGAAAUGUUGCUCCAAAUUUCAAGAGUAGAAUCUUUUAUGAAAAAAAUGUUAUCAAGUUUGUGUGAAAGUAAGUCGUUUUUUAAUUUCCCGUAUAGUUUUCUUAAUAAAUGGGAAAGUUUAAAACAUUACCGGUUCAUUAUUUUUGAUUUUUUUUUUUUUUACAAUUUGGUUAAAUAUAAUUAGUAACUAAAAAUGUUUACAUUUGAAUUUAUGUAGAUAAUUUAAUCAGGAAUCCUUUAAAAUUGUACACAAGGUUUAUUAUAAAUUUUACUUAGUGGUCAUUGUAGUACCUAGUUAGUUUUAUAAUUGAACCUGGCUUACUGGCAUAUUUUCCAAACAUGUUUAGUUGAACUUCACUCAGAAUUAUAUUUUAUUAGCAAUGAUUUAUUGUUGUUUGUAGGUACUAUAAAUUAAAUAACUUUAUGUAUCCUACCUUAGUCAACUUUUCACCUACAACAGUGGCACCCAUCAGCAGUAUCAGAUUUUUCCUAUGUAACAUUUAUAACCAUCUAAACAUCAUAAUCAUUCACCAUACACAAUAUUUUUUCCCAUCAAAAAUUCUCUUAUAAAUUUAAGUUUUUAUUUAUGUAAUUACCUAACUAACCUAAUCAUGAUCACUAUCACCAUAAAGUCCAUAAGCGUAAUGAGACUAACAAUAGGAUUUUCAGUUUUUUAUUUUAUUUUAGGUGUCAUCCAGUAAAAUUGAAAAGUAAAUCCAACAAACAUAUGUUCAAGUCUUCGAUCAAAGCGAGUAAAAUAUCUAAGGCGAAAAAUGUACAUGCUGUCUCCGUUACUGCAUCGAGCGGUUCGUUCCUGAACGGGUUAAACAGACUGAACUGUAAUGUAAAGUACCUAUAUAAUAAUUAAUAAUAUACGCUUAGUAAAUAUAUUCUAUAAUUUAUUAUUGUUAUAAUUUGAAGAUUAAUACUUCUAAACAAAAUUUAACAUGCUUUUUGAAUUUGGAAUUGAAAAGAUGACAUUUGAAAUUAAUGACAAUUUAAAGUUUUAAGUAAAAGAGACUGGAUUUCUAUGUAUUUCCAUACUGAUUGCAUGCACUAGCAUAAGGGUUUGAAACGCGGACUUUACAAAUCACACAAAUUUUAUAGAUACCAUUUUAUUUGGUAUAUUUAUGAAUAUUUAAAGGGUAUAAGUAAUAAUUUGCAUAUUAUAUACACUCUUAUUAAAUAAGUGUACAAUAGUUAUACUUAUUCUUUUUUUAAAUCUAAAUAAUAUGUACAAUAACCAUAAAGAAUGAUAAUUAAAUUUUUGACCACCGAUUAACUCAAAACCAUUACAGACAAACUUUUGAUUAUCAAAAAAAUUUUUACAAAUGUCAAGUACCGGUUACGGUUAUUUUCGUUUCUUUAAUUUACACAAAGUUUUGGAUACAAUAAAAUACGGGUAGAUAUGAACAAAUAAUAUUAUUCCCGCAAUCACUUUUUAAGGGGUGUGCACCAUACUGUAUUGUAUUGCGUAAAUAAUAUUUAUUUAGGAGUGUGAAUAUAUUGACGAGGUUACAUACAUUUAUUAUAGAUGUCAGUUCUCGUAGGUAUAUAAUAUUAUUGCAUUUUCGAUGCAUUUAUCAUUAUAAAAACUGGGAGUGUAGAUUUUCCAACAGCCGUGUAAAACUGUAAUCGGGGCGUUUUACACAUCGUUAAGAUACUCGUCCGUAUCUAUCGGAUCGAGUACCUAUUGAAAACGCGAACCAUUUCGAUCAGAUGUAGGUAUGUAUAUUGGAGCUAGUUGUCGACGGCGUACAAUUUGUAAAAGUAUUCAACUAUUCGCACUCCAAAUGCCCAAGUGUAUAUUAUGUAUCGAUACAUUUUAUAUUUGGUAGGUAUUUCUUCGGUGAGUCUCGGAUUUCCGACCGAAGGAGUACAACAGUUUUUUUUUUUUAUCGGCGGUGCAACACGAAUUGCCCGUUCACCUCGGUAUGUUUAACCGCUGCUUUUGGAUAACUUUUAAAGGUUGAAGAACUUGCGAAUUCCUCUCGUCACUUAGAUACUAAGUGUAUUGUUUUCUAAAAUGUAUAUUCCCCGCCGACGUUACACGUACCCUCAGUAUAUACAAUGGUAUAUAUUUCCAGGGCGCCACGGAACUGAACGCGGAACUGCCGUACACGAUGGAAAUGAAAGCCAUGGGCAAGGUCAAGUUCAAAGUGUCCGAGGAAUCGGCUCGCCAGAUGCACGGCGGCCUGACGACCACGGCCCAACAGAUAUCCAUCUGGAUUGACGAGAAGAGCCGAAUUAUAUUUCCGGCGUCGUUCAUCCUGUUCAACGCCGUAUACUGGAGCCUGUUGUGGGUGUGA